UCAUCAUCAAUAGUUGCAGUAAAUCAAAUUAAAACCAUGCUUUUAAUAUUCGUGUUACCGUUGUUAUUAUUAGCAGAAGUUCCGGAUACCCAUGCUCAGAGCUAUAUUGCGACACAACUGUUUGACUACAGGUGCCAAGAGCCAAACGGUUAUGAAUCAGUGUCUCGCAAAUGUGACGAGUACAUAGAAUGCAAGGAAAAUAUUGCAAUUCAGCACUCAUGCCCAGAUGGUCUCCACUUUAACUCAAAAGUGCAAUGGCCUAAUUAUCCUUGUGGUUACCCAUCGGAGGUUCAAUGUGGUAACGGAUACGAAAUUCAAAAGGCACAGCCUUCAUCAGAAUGUAGCCAUCGUUAUGGAUUCUCCCGCUCAGAUGGUAAUGAUUGUGGAACGUUCACCUUGUGUUAUGAAGGCAUUGCUAUAAUGAUGAGUUGUUCCGAUGGACUCGUUUUUAACGUAGAGAAAGAAAUUUGUGACUGGCCAAUCAACGUGCCGGAAUGCAGUCACUCAAGAGCAUUAGAAGGUUACACAUGCCCAGCGACACCUGCCGAUGAAGAGGGAAAUAUCUCUAAAAACAGAUAUGGAAGAAGCUGCAGUCGUUUUGUUGCAUGCCAAGAUUCAUACCCACGCCUCCUGAAAUGUGAUAUCGGCCUCCAUUUUGAUGAAAAAACGGAGAGUUGCGUUGACGCGGAAUACGUAGUGGAUUGCGACCGAGACUAG